CAUCCUGGUAUUUCUCGCCGUCAUCUUCCCGCCGCUUCCAGUGUGCAUCAAAAGAGGCUUAUGUUCGGCCGACAUGCUUAUCAAUAUCGCCCUCUGCCUAUUGGGCUACGUCCCGGGGCUUAUUCACUCCUGGUACGUCAUCCUAAAACACCCAGACGUGCUUGAUUAUGACGACUUAGAGCGCCAGCAGAUCAUAAUAAACAUACCGUCCUCUCCGUCAGCCGCGGUUGUGUCCCGCCAGCCAGAUCGAACGAAAAUCCAGUUCAGUCACCCUGAACCUUUCCGCACACCCCAUACGCACAACCCAAGUUUAGUAGAGCAGAACCAGCUCAGCCCGCGUUCAAGCCCACUCCCUCUGAAUAGGGCAGCAUCGGAGCGCCGCACAGAGGCGAACCAACCGUCCCAGCUCGGACAGCACGUGUUAUACGGAUCCACGGACAAUGAUACCCCCGACGAGGCGCCGCCAAGCUACGACAAUGUGAUGAACGAGACCGCCAAACAGUUCCGCUAAUCUCCUGCUUAGGUAAUGUGCUUUAGAACUUUUUCCA